AUGGUGGAUUACCACCGCGAUCGCGACAGGGAUCGCGACAGGGCCGGAGAUUACAUGGCCCAGGAGGAGGACUGGGACCGGGACCUCCUGCUCGACCCCGCCUGGGAGAAGCAGCAGAGGAAGACCUUCACGGCCUGGUGCAAUUCCCACCUCCGGAAAGCCGGGACCCACAUCGAGAACAUCGACGAGGACUUCCGGGACGGGCUCAAGCUCAUGCUGCUGCUGGAGGUCAUCUCGGGCGAGCGCCUGCCUCGGCCGGAGCGGGGGAAGAUGCGGGUUCACCGCAUCAACAACGUCAACAAGGCGCUGGACUUCAUCGCCAGCAAGGCCGUCAGGCUCGUCUCCAUCGGCGCAGAAGAGAUCGUGGACGGCAACGCCAAGAUGACGCUGGGGAUGAUCUGGACCAUCAUCCUCCGCUUCGCCAUCCAGGACAUCUCCGUGGAGGAGACCUCGGCCAAGGAGGGGCUGCUGCUCUGGUGCCAGCGCAAGACGGCUCCGUACAAAAACGUCAACGUCCAGAACUUCCAUAUCAGCUGGAAGGACGGGCUGGCCUUCAACGCGCUCAUCCACCGCCACCGCCCGGAGCUCAUCGAGUACGACAAGCUCCGCAAG